AUUUGUGUUCGGUGUGCUGUUGAAUAUUCUUGUGUGGUGACCUUUUUUGGGGACUCUCCCUCACUGAGACUCCUGGCCAUUGCUGGGCAAGAGCCCCCAUCGGCAGUGAAGUGUGUUGAAUUUUUUCCCUGAGAAUUCCGUGGAAUUUGGGAUUUCUUCCGAGAAUUUGCAUCCGCAGCUGCAUCUCCGUUUGCAUAUACAGGAAGGACACUCACAAGGUGCUUCAGCCACAUUAGAUUUUUUGCACAUCCUUCCUGACCUCAAUGGACGCCUGAGCCACAACAUACAGGAAGCUUUCUAAGAGUAAAAAAACUCACAAAAGAAAAGGCAAAGAAGAAGCACAUCGAGGCAAAGGGACAGAGUUGAGGCAGGGAAAAUGGAGCAGUUGAAUGAUGAAUACUCGGAGUAUGGCCAGCAGCGUGCCCCACCGGCUCACUACCAACAAGCACGCCCGAUGGUGGACCCGGAGGCGGAAGGUGAAGUGGAUCCCAAUCUCUAUCCACAGGCGAAGGAGUCAACGCACAAAAUUCGCGGACGUUACGAUAUUAUUGAGAUGUUCUGCGGUUCUGUGGAUCAGGAGCUACUCUUCGUGAAGACCUUCUACUUCUUCUUCUACUCGGCAUUUGGAUCACUCUUUCCCCUCAUGGGCGUCUACUUCAAGCAGAUGGGCAUGAAUCCUGGGCAGUGUGGUCUACUGAUUGGCAUACGUCCUUUUGUGGAAUUCCUCUCAGCUCCCUUCUGGGGUAGCUAUGCUGAUCGCUGCAAGAAAGGCAAAACCCUCCUAUUGGCAUCGCUAUCCUGCUGGAUCCUCUUUACACUACCACUGGGUUUCAUCCAACCACCAGCCACAAGUUGCCUAGAAAGGCGCAACGCCACUGAUUACGAGCUUAAAGUCCCACAGGCACCACGGAUUCUCAAGCGUUCCAUCAGUGAUACCAACUGGGCUCUGGAUAUGAGCUCUGAGCAUCUCAGUGAAGGUGUUGAGCAGUAUGAACGCGCAAAGAGAGCCGUAAGACCACUAUCUGAGGCUGGUGUGUCACCUCUUGAUGUUCGCUAUGCCACCAACUACAAUGCUAAAUUGCACGGAAGCUGGGUUUCCCCGCUUUUCUCCUCCAUUGUCUACCGUACUGAGGACAUUCAAAAGGCUUUCUUCCUCCUGAUCCUCCUUGUGAUCAUUGGAGAAUUCUUCGCAGCACCUGCAAUUACUUUGGCUGAUUCGGCUGUAAUUACAAUCCUCGGCGAUGAUGCAGAUCGAUAUGGGCAUCAGCGUAUGUUUGGCUCCCUCGGAUGGGGAUUGGCUAUGUUUUUCGUUGGGAUAGCAUUGGAUCACUCAACGGCAUUCCCCGAUCAUCCGUGUGGUCCGGAGAAGGAGGAGAAGAACUAUACAAUUUGCUUUGCUACCUUCUCCGUUCUCAUGGGUGCUGCACUGCUAACUGCCACGCAAAUUAACUUCAAGUACGACUACGAGGAGCCUACAGCGACUGAGGAAGCUCCUGGAGAGGUGAAACCAAGCUAUGAGGAUGAGAUGCAAAAUCAACUGGCUGCGCAGCUUCAACUUCCUUCACUGGCUGCACCCACAAAACCAGCUGGAUCUUCAUUAACGUCUGAUCUGGGUGCUCAGACAAAGAUGUUUGCCCAGACAACGCGUGAAAUGCCCGAAUGGGUGACAGUGCUGAAGCAAUUUAAGGAUCUAAAGUGCGGCAGUUUCCUCUUUGUUGCCUGGUUCAUGGGAUUCGGUAUUGGGUUGAUCUUCACAUUCCUCUUUUGGCACCUUCAAGACUACGGGGGCUCCCCGACACUGUUCGGUGUUGCAUCCGUUAUCAAUCACAUCAGUGAGAUAUUUGCCUACUUCUUCAGCUUUCGACUCAUUACACAAAUUGGGCAUGUCAAAGUGCUCUGCUUGGGUCUAGUUGGGAACAUCCUGCGCUUCCUCUACAUUUCCUACUUGAAGAAUCCAUGGUGGGUGUUGCCGUUUGAAUUUAUGCAGGGCAUCACUCAUGCUGCCGUCUGGGCAGCCUGUUGCUCCUACAUUGCCCACAACACCCCACAACCUCUUCGAUCAUCGGCACAGGGUGUUCUUCAGGGUCUACAUCAUGGACUUGGAAGGGGAUGUGGUGCUGUCAUUGGCGGGAUCUUUGUAACAUACUUUGGGACUACAGCUACCUUCAGGGGCUAUGGUAUCACCUGCAUUUUUGUCCUGGCUGCAUUCAUCUUCAUCAAUUUCUAUCGCAAGGAAGGAGGAUUUGUAUCAGAUAUCCCCAUGACUGAAGAUCCACGUCAGGUGGCCGAAGAGACUUCACAUCUAGCUCCUCAUGGAGUCCCCAGCAAUCCUAUCCCACGAGCAUUAUCCAGCACUCGUCUAAAUGAAGUUUCACACAUUAACGACAACUACGGUGCUUCAUACCAAUCAACUGGAGGCAAUUUGGACAUACCCGGUGGCUCCCCGAGGAAUCCAUUCCAGAAAUAAGCAACGACAAACAAUGAAUUUUUUGCUCUACAAACCGCAAGAAAAAAAAUAGAAUUUUGGUCCAUUCAACAAACACAUAUCUGUCCUUAAACAUUGCAAGAAAAGCAUGCUUUAAAUUUAUGCUUAAAAACAUGUAAUACAAAGAAAUGCUAAUGGGGAAGCUCCCUCGUAAAAAUAUGUGAUUAUUUUUGUGAAAGAAAAACAUGAUAUUUUAAGGAAUUAAAGGAAAGAAUUUGGCAAAGGAAAAUACUCAAUAAACCAAGAAAAAAAUAAAACUAAAGAUUACCUAAAAUUUUGCACUUGGAAGUAAAUUGUUUUAUUUUAGGUGUGUGUCUAUGCUAAAACUGGUAAAACAUAGAAUAUUGAUUUAAUAGGAAAAUAUCGUGAAUUUCAAGAAUGGCAUAAACAUAAAGCUUUUAAUGUUGCAGCAUUUUUGUUGAAAUUUGUUAUAUACAUUUUUAUUCAUUGCGAUGUUUUACAGUCAGUACACAAACGCUUUUAUGUAUUUAGUAAAUGAAAUUGAUUUACAAUCUUCAGAAAUAAUUUUAAUUUAGUUUUUUUUUUAAUUCAGCGUAAUAAAUUCGAUGUUAAUUUUAGCAAAGACACAAAAUAUAGAAAAACAAUAAAAAUUAACGCAUAGCAAUAAAACAAAUAACAAAGGAUUUGCUUCAUUUUCGCAAGCACUGCAUAUAGAAUCGUAGAUUAAAUCACAUUGACAAACUAGCCUUAAACGUUGAGGAAUAUCUAGAAACAUAGACAUCUUUUUUCGUACCUGCUUAUUCUGCAAUCAACAUAUCAUCGAAUUUGUUUUAUUUUGCAAAUAAACUGUUCUAUUUGCAAUGUGUCCAUACUAAGUUUUUAAUGUUUUUUUGUUAUUUUAUCAUAGAAUUUUUGCUUUAAAAAUUUACAUUUUUAAUUCAGUUUUUAAACUUUAUAAAACAUUAAGGAUUGUAAAUUACAUCCUAAUUGUUAAUUAACAUGAUUUAGUUAGAAAAUAAUGUUGAAUUUCAUUGCUGAGUUUUUAUGUUAUAAAAAUUCUAUGUAAUAAAUAUUUUGUUGUUAAUAUUUUUUUAAAAGUUGGAAUUGAUUAUGUAAUAAUAAAGUAACAGAAACCAAGGAAAGUAUAGAAAGUUGACCCUUGUACAUAGGAUUCUAUGUUUUUACAUGAACAUUAUUAGCGAAGACACAUACCAAUUUCUGCCAAUUUAAUUCCAAGUGCAAAAGAUGAAAGAAAUGAAGAAAAAAUAGAAACUAUGUGACACAUCAGUAUGGGAUAAAUAACUUCACACAAAUCGCUUUAUAUCAUCAUCAUAUCAUUUUUAAAGAGAUAAGAAAUAUAAAAGAAAAAAAACUAUAUAUUAUACAUAAACAUAAAAAAUAUAGGUAUUUAUGAUAUACAGAAUAAAAAAAAACUUUGAAAAAUGUUAUAUUUAAAAAUAGAUAAUAUUGAAUAUUUAUUGAGAAAUUUAGGUUUUAACUAAUUUAAAAAAUAAAUAAAUAAAUGAAAGAAAAAUGAAUAACGCGCCAUCGGUAGCGGAGACACUAUUUUGACUAAUAUUAGUAAGUUUCGUGUAGUAUGACAAAAGGAAAUAACUUGUAUUGUAUACUUUACCUUUUAGAGACAAAGAGAAAUGUUUAAAAAUCAGGAAUAAAGGUUAUUGCAAAUGAAAUGAAAAUCUACCCAAAAUACUCAUUAAUCUCCUAAUCAAUGUCUAACAAAACCAAAGAAAACUUUUCUGGAUAAAAGAUGGGAAUUUGACGAUGAAUCUCCGCCGUGAGAACACAUCAAAUUCAUAUUGUUGUAUAAAUGUAUCUCGUAUUAGUGAAUUGUACAGCACUUGUAAAGAAUAUUUGAGAAUAAUAAAAUGCACUCUAUGAAAUGUUAAGAAAA